AUGUCCGACCUUCGCAAGGAUGCGAUGCUCCGUGCAGGUUUCAAGGCCAUCGGCCAGCUCGACGGACCAUCGGACGAGCCUGAGACACGUGCUGAGACCACAGAAGAUGCCACUGCAGGAGAUCAAGCCCCUGUCUCGAGCACUAACGAGGGUGUGAGUACCUCGCAGCCAGGUACCACAGCUGAUGGCAGGCAGUCAACGCCCGAGAAUGCUCCUCCUUUCAGCAUAUACCCAUUACCAUCUCCUCACCCGUCUGCUGGUCUCAGGACUCCACCGACCCCUUACCACGGUCCAGCAGACUCGCCAAGCUUCGAGUCACCAAGGACAGCCAUGUGGCGUCGUUGCAUCGACCCUGACGAUCCAUUGUUUCACGAAGCUGCCUACCGUCUCUCGCUUGGCAACCGACACCAACCAGAGGCUCGUGAUCCGAUGUCUGAGCCGACGGACCGAGAGGAGGGUACACCAGCAGCGACUCCUGACCAAGCGGCGGUUCGUCUGCAAGGCGCCAUUCACUACAUGGCGAUGUCGUGCCUACGGCUGCAGACUGGUGGUCAUGACCAGCUCGCAACUACAUAUAAUCAAUUGUACGAGCAAGACCAUGGCGAGGUUUACCGUAAUGAGCUCCAGUGUGCGACAUUCGAGCCACUGCAGCCAGAGCAGACGAAUAUGCAAGCUGCCAUCCGUCACUGCGCGAUGGUCUACCGGUAUCUGAGUGCCGGUGACCACAACCAGAUGGCGGAUCGAUACGAUAACCAGUAUCAGGAGGAUUUUGGGGAGGCAUACGUCGACGACUUGGUCGACGUCAUCCAGAACGAGGGAGAUGACCCACCUGGAUCAAAUGACGAUGAGCAGGACGACGAGGAGUACGAAUAUGACUAG